AUGUUUGCCACCAGAGUUCUUCGCCAGGCUGCUCAGCACGCCGAGCGUACUCCCUCCAUCAAGUUCCUCGGCAAGCGGACUAUCCCAGUCUCCAUUGACCACACUCCCCGCCCCCACCCCGCUUCUCCAACCAACUCCCUUCCGGCUUCCUUCACCAACGGUUCCGCCCACACCUCGUUCAGCGCCUACCGUGACCACGCCCAGCAGUUUGGUCCCCUCCGCAAGACCAUCCGCGCCGACGCCGGUAUUGGCGGCAAUGCCGGUGCUGCUCUUGGCUCGGUUGCUCCCCCCUCCGGUGUCUACUUCGACCGCAAUGAUCUUCCGGCCCGCUUCCACCGUGUCCCCCUGACCGCUGACGAGAUUGAGGCCAUUGAGACCGGCGGUGCCGCGGCCUGGGCCUGA